UCCUGGGGAACCAGGAAGCGAGAGCCGGCUGGAUUUAACACAUCUGUUUGGGAGGAGUAACCCGUGGUGGAGGCCUACCCAGGGGGAGGAAUGGACGGCUUUCAGCCUGAGUGUUGCCCCAGCAUUAUCUGAGCUCGCUGCCUGGGUGAUUAACUCUGAGCCUCGGAUGUGCAGACCUGGCGUUUUGUCGGGUCUGGGCAGAAGCAGGGCCACUUCCCUCUUUGUUCUGGAAGUGUGUGUUGACCCCAGCUGGGUGGCAGAGACCAUGAACUAUUAGUUUUUGCUGAUUUUUUCGCAUCUCUUGGGGAGCGGAGGGCCCAGAAGCCAUGUCCGAGCUACUACUCCUGGGCCUGAUUGCGGCCCUGGUGCUGACCCUUCUGCUGACCCUGCUGGGUUUUGCCGUGUACUCUGGGCUGCUGGAAGACGUGGUAGUGAGUGCGGGGUCUCCCCCAAUCCGGAACAUCACACUGGCCUACAAGUUCCACGUGGGCCCUUACAAGGAGUCGGGCCGGUUAUUCACGGAGAGCUGCAGCAUCUCUCCACGCCUUAGUUCCAUUGGGGUCUACUAUGACAACCCCUACACGGUUCCUCCGGAGAAGUGCCGCUAUGCCGUGGGCAGCAUCCUGAGUGAGGGUGAAGAGUCACCAUCCCCGGAGCUCAUCCGCCUCUACCAGAAGUUUGGCUUCAAGAUCUUCUCAUUCCCAGCCCCCAGCCAUGUGGUGACAGCCGUCUUCCCCUACACCACAUCACUCUCCAUCCAUCUGGCUGCCCACAGGGUGCAUCCUGCCCUGGACACCUAUAUUAAGGCCACAUCGUCCCCAUGGGCAUCUCACGCUGACUUUUUCUUCCUGCCCUUGCCCAAGGAGCGGAAGCUAUGUGCCCAUCCCAGGCUGGAGAUCUACCAGCAGGACCAGAUCCACUUUGUGUGCCCACUGGCUCGACAGGGUGACUUCUAUGUACCUGAGGUGAAGGAGAUGGAACGCAAAAGCCGAGCAGCUGCCGAGGCUGAUGACGCCCAAACUGAUGUCACAGGAGCUGACACAAUGAGCGACACCAGCUCCGUCAGUCUGGAUGCGGGACCCGGGAGCCGCGAGAACUCCCCCGCCACCUCCACCACGUCCCCUGGUGUGGCAGGGCGCAGCUGGGAUGACGCAGAUAACCGGAGUGAGCGCAGCUACAGCGAGUCGGGGGCUAGUGGCUCCUCCUUUGAGGAGCUCGACCUGGAGGGGGAAGGAACCUCGGGCGACCCUCGCUUUAGCCACGAGGCCGAGCCCCUGGGGCCCAAGUGGGCCAAGGAGCCCAGCACCCCAGAGAAGGAUGAGGAGUAGCUGCCCCUCCUGGUCAAGGCCUCUGCCUCUCAGCCCCACUCUCCUCGGGCUCAAUCAAAGAGGAACUGAUCAAAUUCGUCCUUCCCCACCUCUAACCUGGCCUGGCCGGGCCUGCCUCUUGCUCUUCUUCUUUAGACCCUCGGCUCCAAGGGCUGAGGCCCGGUGCAGCUGCGGCUGACCCUGUGGGUCUGUAGAGCGGCUCCCUGCCGCCGUCUGACCAGGUUGGGGGGUUGUCUUACUCCCCCCGCAUCCCCGAGCUCUUUUCUCUGUUCUUUCUCCUUACUCCCUGGCCUGUUAUUCCCAGCCAGCUGGAGGGAGCACAAUCUCUUCCCUCCCAUUUGCCCCUCCCUCAUCAGUCUCUUUUUCAGACUUACAUUGGGACUUUUAGGAUCCAGAAUAAAGCAGAUGAUUUUCGUUUCACUCAGAA